GGCCUGGCAGGCAGAGCAUGCCCGGUAUCACCGGGGACCAUGGGCAGCAUGAAAACCCCCGUGGAGCUGGCCGUCAGUGGGAUGCAGACCCUCCACCUUCAGCACCGUUGCCGGGGUGGCUAUCGGGUCAAGGCCAGGGCGUCCUACGUGGAUGAGACUUUGUUUGGCAGCCCUGCGGGUACCCGGCCCACACCACCAGACUUUGACCCACCUUGGGUGGAGAAGGCCAACAGAACCAGUCGAGUGGGCACAGGGACAUCACAGGCCUUGGGGGCCAACGGGAGCUGUGAGAACACCUCCUCCAGGGUCAGCACCCCGACCCUCACACCGAGGAAGAAGAACAAAUACAGACUGAUCAGCCACACUCCUUCUUACUGCGAUGAGUCGCUGUUUGGCUCCCGACCCGAGGGCACCAGCUGGGAGGGCCCGUGGAUGGCAAAGGGGGAUGCUGCAAAACUCCAUGCCCUCUUCUGGACACCCCCAGCCACCCCCAGGGGCAGCCAGUCGCCCCGCCCCAGGGACACCCCAUUGCGAGCCGUUCACCCAGCUGGUCCCUCGAAGCCAGAGCCCAAGGUGGCGGCAGAUACCCGGAAGUUGUCCGUGGACGGGUUAGACUCUCCACGCCCUCCGAGGCGAGAACGUUCCCAUUCCCUCACACACCUGAAUGUCCCCGGCACGGGUCGCCCACACACCAGUGCCUCCCACGCCAAUGGGCCUCGGGAUUCCAGGCCUUCCCCGUCGGGGGUGACCUUCCAGAGCCCCCUCGUGACUCCCAGGGCUCGCUCAGUCCGUGUUUCAGUGCCAGCCGCCCCUCAGCGAGGUGGGGCCACCCAGAAACCAAAGCCCCCUUGGAAAUGA